GCCGAAGUCAUUACUGGAGAGGAAAACAUGGUUUUUGAAGCUGGCCCUUUCAGCUAUUUUGGAAAGGAAGCCUUAAAUUGUAAGUAAAUGAAAAAAUACUAGAAGUUAUUUUCUCCCAUACAAUGCUUUGUGUACAUAUAUAAUAGAAUGUAAAGGCUAACGAUAUGUUUUGGGAUCAUGCUCAUUUAGCAUCCUUGUCCUGUGGGGUUUUGAAUUUUUGUCCCUGUUUCAAUCUCAUUUUGUGAAAAAUUAUUCUUUACUCUCUAUCUUAGUCUGGUACAUGUGGUUCCCAUCAGAACUUGGUUGUAUCAAAUUUCAUAUGGAAUGCAACUAAGCUAAAACUCUAUAUGCAAAGCGGUCGAAUUCUUACAUUGUUUUAAGACAAUUUGAAUUUUGCUGAUGAAAAACUACACUAUUAAAUUUGAGGCCUCUUUGAAUAUGAGGCUUCACCAAAAUGUUCUGCCUGCUACUUUUGGACCACCUCCUUUUUUUGUUCUUUCUUUCUUUCCUAUGAGAAUAUUUAACUGAUUGAAAAACCCGCUGUGGCCGAAUUAAAUCUAGGUCACAUUUUCUCAUUUCAGGUGCAUGUACAAAUUCAGCUGUAAUUUUCUUAAUUAUAAACAUAUUCUAAUGAUUAAUGGACCAUUUUGUAUGUAAUUGAAUUGUCUUUAAGAUAAACUUAAAACAUUCUUGAAGUUAAGUUUUGUUAGAAAUUAUUAAGUGUUAAAUUAGUAUUUAAAACAUUCUUGAAGUUAAGUUUUGUUAGAAAUUAUUAAGUGUUAAAUUAGUAUUUAAAACAGAAAAACAAUAAAAAAAUAUAUAAAUGUGCCAACUGACGUAUAAAUUUUAAAUUUCCAAAUCAUUUAAAGUCUUUUAUUUAGUAGUUUCCAAAUAUUAUAUCCAAUAAUAAGAAAAAUGCACGAAAGAACACAGAAACUGAAUAAUAUUUGCACUUCCAAUUACUUAUAUGCCUUUAGUAACCCUGUCACUUGUUGCCACGGUAAACAAGUGGCAAAAUUUUGUAACUAGCUUGGAAAUUAAAUCAAAAUUAAUUAACAGCUCAUAUAUUAAAACAUUCUGCAUGCGGUUGGAAUAUAAACAUCCUGUCAGUAAAUUACAAUCUCGAAGCAAAACGGGAACGGAAUAAUAUAAAUAUUUGACUCGAUUUACUAGGAUACAAACAUUGAUCUCUCAUCAGCUCAUGGUAGUUAACCAAAUAAGUAAAAUGCAAACAUUAAAAUCAAUAUUGAAAUCUUAUUAUCUAGAUCAUAGACAUUGAUAUGAUAUAUAAAUCUAUAUGAGAUAUAAUCUAGUUAUGGAUAUAAAUAUGAAUAUGUCAUAUUAAUCUAGAUAACUUAAUUAAAAUAUGGCAUAUUUUAUGGGAUUUUUAAAUCAAAUUUGUACUAAAUUAAGUAUGUCCAAGACUCUACGCAUGCUACAAUACAUCCCCUUAAGAAAUACAUUGUCUAUUCUAUUUUCAUUCUGCAACUUGCCUGUGUUAACUCAAGGACAGGACAUCAAAAACCUUACACUUGUUUCAAGACUUCACUAGCUGGAUAUGACCUUAAACUCUUCUUGCCUGAGCCGUCAAGACUUCACUAGCUUGAUAUGACCUUAAACUCUUCUUGCCUGAGCCGUCAAAACUUCACUAGCUUGAUAUGACCUUAAACUCUUCUUGCCUGAGCCGUCAAGACUUCACUAGCUUGAUAUGACCUUAAACUCUUCUUGCCUGAGCCGUCAAGACUUCACUAGCUUGAUAUGACCUUAAACUCUUCUUGCCUGAGCUGUCAAGACUUCACUAGCUUGAUAUGACCUUAAACUCUUCUUGCUUGAGCCGUCAAGACUUCACUAGCUUGAUAUGACCUUAAACUCUUCUUGCCUGAGCCCUCAAGACUUCACUAGCUUGAUAUGACCUUAAACUCUUCUUGCCUGAGCCGUCAAGACUUCACUAGCUUGAUAUGACCUUAAACUCUUCUUGCCUGAGCUGUCAAGACUUCAAUAGCUGGAUAUGACCUUAAACUCUUCUUGCCUGAGCCGUCAAGACUUCACUAGCUUGAUAUGACCUUAAACUCUUCUUGCCUGAGCCGUCAAGACUUCAAUAGCUGGAUAUGACCUUAAACUCUUCUUGCCUGAGCUGUCAAGACUUCACUAGCUUGAUAUGACCUUAAACUCUUCUUGCCUGAGCUGUCAAGACUUCACUAGCUUGAUAUGACCUUAACUCUUCUUGCCUGAGCCGUCAAGACUUCACUAGCUGGAUAUGACCUUAAACUCUUCUUGCCUGAGCCGUCAAGACUUCAAUAGCUGGAUAUGACCUUAAACUCUUCUUACCUGAACCUUCAAGACUUCACUAGCUUGAUAUAAUAAUAAUAAUAAUAAAGUUCAUUUAAAAAACACGCUUCAUCCCCAAAGGCUCGAAGCGCGGUACAAAGUCAACAAAAAACAUAUCUAUAAUUCACCACAUUUAAAACAAACACAACACUACAAAAACUAAUUACAAGCAUACAAUACUGAGGCGUCAAGACUUCACUAGCUUGAUAUGACCUUAUCAACUCAUCUUUACUGAGCUUGGAUGUUUACCUUUGGUUUCAUCAAAUGCACUCUUCCUCUCUUUUUUAAUAACAUUCUCAGAUGAUUCCUAAUUUUAGUUAGAUACAUUAUUUGCAUGUACAAUGAAAUCGGUUCAGUGAGUUACUUAUAAGUAGGAUUAUAAGGGGCAUUAAAAGAGAAAGAUUAUUAUUAAUUUAUUUAGCAUUUUUAAAAUAAUCUUUUACCUUUAAAUAAAUAAUAUAGAAAAUAAUAAUAUGCGUCUUCUCAUGACACAUGUACAACAAUCAGUUAUAACUAUUCAAUUUUCCCUGUUAGCUUCUUCCCCCAUUAUCUGUUGCUUGAAUGAGGUCAACCUCAGCUUUUAGUGUAAGCCAGUGGUUCUCAAAGUGUGCACUGUAGCACCAUGAAAUGUUACACAAUUUUCACAACCUUAUUUCCAUUUUCUAUUCAAUGUGAUAAUUUUGUACAUCUAGCUUACCUAGUCUAAACCAGUAACAUUUAGCUUACCUAGUUUAAACCAGUAGCUCUCUUAGUAAAACUGCUUGCAGAAGACUCUAAAAAUGGUCACAUCAAGCACUUUGCCAUCCUAAGUACAUGUUAUAUUUAUUUUUACAUACCAUUUAAUUGUUAAAAAAAAUGUAUCCACUACUUUGCCGUGUACUUCUUAUGUUAUGACAAAGGGCUACUUGGGAAAACCUGGAUUGGGUAAGGUCAGCAAGUAUGAAACACGUUUGGGAAUCACUGAUUUAAGCAAUAAGCUUCUCAAUGACAUCUCUAGCCAAGUCACUGGUUGAUUCAAAGUAAGUGGGCUAAAGUGGGUCGAGGUGGUGACCAGAGGCUCAUUUCCCAGUCUGUGUGCAAGUUUCAAAUGUUUGGGCUGCAGAGUAAUGCUGGCUUCCAGGACUUCACCUGGUUAUAAUCCUACUAAAAUGUGACCUUUACUCCCAGUAACCAAUCGACUAGUUCUAUCCAAGUGAUUCAUUAGGAAAUCAUUGAAUCAAUGAUCUAACAUUGACUAGUACUAAAGCCAUUCCAAUCUCAAAGUUAAAUACAUCAUCAUGAAUCGGUGGCCAAUAAUCUCAACCAGUGAUGGGCCAUCUGCCAAUUGAUGGGCCAUCUGCCAAUUGAUGGGCCAUCUGCCAUUUGAUGGGCCAUCUGCCAAUUGAUGGGCCAUCCCAUCUGCCAUUUGAUGGGCCAUCUGCCAUUUGAUGGGCCAUCUGCCAUUUGAUGGUCCAUCUGCCAAUUGAUGACCAUCCCAACGGCCAUUUGAUGGUCCAAUCUGCCAUUUGAUGGUCCAUCUGCCAUUUGAUGGUCCAAUCUGCCAAUUGAUGACCAUCCCAACUGCCAUUUGAUGGUCCAAUCUGCCAUUUGAUGGUCCAUCUGCCAUUUGAUGGUCCAAUCUGCCCAUUGAUGACCAUCCCAUCUGCUGUAGGCUUAUCAGUGCAAUCCUCCUCACAAUAGUAUGUCUUUGCUCUAAUCUCAUCUUUAAGUUUUGCCCAUCUCACAACUAGUUUUUAAACAAUAUGUUUAUUGUUCUCAAUGUUAAUAAAGUGUAUUGUUGUUUGCAUUAAAAUAAUUUCACUGCAGUUAAAAUAAUUGAAUAUUUGACUUCUUUCCAGUGAUACGCAAACAGUCAAUACUCAAUGAUAUUAAAGUGAAGGAUUAUGUGCCAGACUUUUCCUUGAGGGCACUUACAGAUUUGCAGUACCUUUGCAUCAACAGGGCACUCUACCUGGCCGCCCUUCGAACCACCAGGAUGCUGCGCAACUCUGGCAACAUUCCCGUCAACGAGGCAUUUGACGCAGAGUUUGAAAAAGUGACCAAACUCAACAGCAACCGUAACAGCGGCUUUGAGAGUCAUUUUGUCCUGGGCAACACAGCUCUAGAAUUAUUGAAAAAUGAUCACCAGGGGGCCAAAAAGAGAUCAACAUCCUCUCUGGACAGAUUGACGUUUUUACAUCACAGCCUAGGAGCCUUGUACCACCAUUCGUCCCAGAAUGCUAAAGACAACAGUGUUGAAUAUCAUGGAGAAGUAGGUCCAGAAGGAAAGCCACUCUUUCCGAAUGUUAGAGCCAGCAAAUCCUCCGGGGAUGGUGAUUCUAAAUCUAGGCACACCCCAGAGAGUAAGAAAAAGACUCUCUUCUCUUCUUUGCCUUUCUCCUCGAGCAGCAACAAAAUGUAUUUCCACAGAGAAGCAGGUGAGUCAGAGCCAGAGCUGAAGAAGAAGGAUCUCUCCAUUGCUGUGCCGACAGGGGCUGACCGCAAGCCUCCAGGGGUUGACCACGUGCCUCAGGAUGCUUUAAGCAGUGUUGUCAUCAUGUCGGAUACAAGUGAGCUGCAAACCAAUUCAUCAUUUUCAGAGAGUGAGAGCAAACCGCUAAUACACAAACCAGUUGCUGACACAGGCAAGGGGGCGACGUCUUCUCCUGCCCCCUACAACAAGGGUCAGGAUGCUGAAAUGGUACCUCUCAUGAACCAGACCGAGUCAACAUUCGAUAUAUCUGUCAACAGUGCCAGUGUGUAGCUUAACAUACAUGGUCAGUGUCAGGCAGGCAACAAGAUCAUUUCCUCUCAGGCAGACUGAGAAAUGAAAUGAAAGAAUGUCAUGAAUCAAACACUGGAAUAUUUCUAAACCAAAUCACUAUUAUUGGAACUUGGAAACUCACUUGUAUGAUUCCCUUGACUGUCAACUAAUUCUAUGUACUUAUUUUAGCACUGAAGUUAAUUGUAUGGUGAGGCCAAUUUUGUCUUUAUAAUAUUUACCACAGGUCAUCAAAAUACGAGUCACUUGUAAACAUAUGCCUAACCAAGCUGUCUGUGUAGCUGGAUUGGGACAGGUGACGUUUGUUGUCUAAUGAAAAAUUUUGUUGGUCUUUGUUUCUUUGUCUUGAAGCUGCCAACAAUAUUUUUAGAUAGAUUCAACAGGAUCGGUCUGGAUGGAUUCAACAGGAUCGGUCAGCUACAAUACCAAGCUGACCUGGAUGUAGAUUCAACAGGAUCGGUCAGCUACAAGACCAAGCUGCCAUGGAUGUGUUGUGAGGAAAACUAGAAACGUUACAGCUGAAUUGUUACUCAUGUGUUUCAUUCUUUAUCCUUGGGUAGCACAGUCAUGUUUUAGAAGUGCAGGAUAACUGUAGCCACUUUGUCCAUGUUUGUGUAGCACAGCUAUUUUUAGAACUGCAGGAAACAUGUAGUGAAUUUCUUCUAUUGUUAACAUCUGAUGCACUUUGAAUGAAGCUGGUUGUGAACCUGUCUGUUGUUAUUGCGAACACACCGCCGCCAGCAUAACUUACACUAAGCAGUUUACUCCUCUUGUUGUGGCUGUCCCCCUCUCAUCCCCCUCAUCCUCUGUCACACCCCUCCACCCCUCUUUCUCUGAUGUUGGAAUCUCGUCAUUGUCAACCUGAGUACCUCAAUCGUGUCAUUAUUACUUGUGCUGUAUUGAUAUAGUAUUUUCUGCAAACGCCAAACUUAUUGAAAACUUAAAAAUUUGUUUUCUCCUAUCUAAUGUUUUUUUUUCACUGUAUGAAAUAUUUUAAUCCAAAAAAAGUUAUAGCAAUCAUAUUGCAGAGUCAGCUAAGAAAUUUUUUCCAGCUAAU